UCAGCUGUGUCCAAUCACAGCUGAUCACUGAUCAUCAAGGCACUGAUGAUCAGUGUGCCCUGAUGAUCAGUGUAACCCCAGCAGUGCCACCUGUCAAAGUCCAUCAGUGCCAGCUGUCAGUGUCGAUCAGUGCCACGUGCCAGUGCCUAUCAGUGCCACAUCAAUGCCACAUAUCAGUGCAUACCAGUGCACAUCAAUGCCACAUAUCAGUGCCCAUCUGAGCUGCCUUUCAGUGUCAUCCAUCAGUGCCAGUCAGUGCCACCUAUCAAUGCCAAUCAGUG